AUGGAGUUUACUGGGGCACACGCCAUCCCAAAAGAGGAACAGAAAUCUCGAGUACCCCCAGGGACACCACGAGCCCCGGCGCGGGAUAUGUACCUGUCAUCCGCAAACGAACGAACAGCCGAGCUACUCAAAACAAAAAACCACAUCCUUGCCCAGCUCCACGAAGCCCAGCGCCUCCGUGAAAUAAAGGGCCUACUCUUAGAACCCAGCGAGCGCAGCUGGAUCGACCAAACCCUCGCAGACGUCGCAGAUGCAGUCCGCGAAGCAGCUAUCCUCAUCGAGCCCAUGCGCGUCGAGAGCGAGAUCCGAAAUGGAAAGCUCUCCUGGGGGCGGCAACUGCGCUGGAUCUAUCGAGACAGUAAACGCGCCAAAGUCAAAAGUCAACGGUUGUUGGCGUGCCACCAUAGCCUAAUGCUGGUCUUGGGUCAUCUCCAACGGGUGGAUAUCCUUGUGUCCCCUGUGUCCGAGUCACCCGUUGUGCAUGAGCUUGGGGCUGUUAGCCUGUCUACGAAUUCCACCUACAGCCUAUAUGAGCGACAGGGCACUUGGCCUGGAUCUAAUGGGCCGGCAAAGGAUACGCUAGAGGUCGUGGGGGCGAAAAGUCCCCUGAACUACGAGAUGCACGAUAUGUUAGCGUGGCGUCAGUCUAAGGGAGCAUUGAAUAAAUUGAAACAUCCUGUGGACUCUACCACGGAGGAACUUGAUGUUAGGACCUGA